GUUCAAGCUCCGACAAGGAAGAGCUGAGGAAAUGGCUCGCUGGUGAGGAUGUUGCUGGGCACGCCUUGGACAAAGAUCCAGCAGCUGGUGCAGAACCUGAUGCAGCUGCACCUUUGCCAGCAGCACAAAAUGCGGCAGAAAAUGCGGCAGAAGCAGAUGCCGCAGCUGCUGCAGUCGAUUCAGCGACUCCAUCUGUGGCGACCGAGCCUGUGAAGUCACCAAGGCCGGUCAUCAACUGGAGGGAAGCUUUUUCCAAGGCACAAGAUCGGUGGGACGUGGUGGAGGGCGGGGCGCGGUGUUACUACCACCACUCGGACAAGGGCCUCUUCUUCGAGUGGGACCAGCAGACUGGAGUCUUGUUCCAGUAUUUCUUCGGUGCUGGCGAAGCAAGAAGUGUGCCUGUCGGUGACGACGACCUGCCCGAGCGCGGUCCGAUCUGGUCCAGCGAGUGUCCAGACACACAUGCGGAGGUCUGGGAGGUGGAAGGAACAAAGGCCUAUGGCUACGAGUUUGCAACGGAGCCAAGGAUGACGUUUGAGCAAUGGAGCCAAAGACGCUCCACAUAG